AUGCCGUUCGAUAAUGAAUUCGCUGAAAGUAUCGUUAACAAAAUAAAGUUAGAAAAAAUAAAGAACUUACAAAAAAAGUUCAAUUUGGAGAUCGAAGAAGAGCGAGUUGAUUUUCUCUGUAAAUUUUAUCUUUUUAUCAGUGAUUGGAAGGGCCAAGUUUUUGAUCUCCGAGACAUUUUUCAGGAUAAAGAAAUUGAAUAUCUACUCACAGAUUCUGUAAAUUAUUGCCAUACCAAGUAUUAUCGUAUGGGAUAUGAAUUCAUUGAGUUUGCGGUACGCUCAGGUUACAAGAAUAAACCCGAAGUCGAUGAAGACGGUAAGCCACUGUUGCGUCGCACGACAGCAAUUCAUCUCGCGGCCACACGUGGUGUCGGCAACACCAUCGAAAAUCUUUUCAAAAUAUACGAUAAGUUUAAAGUGAAUUACAUCGAUGAAUCUGGAUUGACACACUUCCACGUGGCCUGCAAGUUUGGAUUUGAAGAUGUUGUCGAGAAAUUCCUCGAACAGGGCCAGGAUCCCAAUUGUCUUCCCCGUGAUACGGACGGCAGCUUCUUCGAACCGCCGCUGCAUCUGGCCCUGGUUAAUAGGCACAAGGACGUGGCUAAAUUGCUGCUGAGUCAUGGCGCGGACCCAAAUUUGGUCAAUGCAGAAGGAUUGACCCCUCUGCACAUUCUAAACACAGCCACGAUGCGACACAGUGUUAAUAAUUUGACGAUAAUAUUGCUCACCCGUAGAAACUACAAAUGUGUGGGUCAGUCGGUUCAGGUCGAUGCCCGGGACCAGAUGGGUCAGACCCCGCUUCACUACGCUCUCGCUAAUGGACAUAAAUACUCUGUUCAAGUGCUGCUGGAAAACGGUGCCAAUCCGAUUUUGGCGGACGUGGAGGGAUCGACUCCUCUUCAUAUUAUUUGCAAGAGGCAAAGCGAUAGCGACUUGGCGGGGAUAUUCUUCAGAAUGAAUGACGAAAAGGGUAAGCUGAUUCCGAUCAAUGUCCAGGACAAGUUGGGCAAUACACCAUUGCUCUUGGCUCUAAAGUACGGAAACAAGAAAGUGGCCCAAUUAUUGAUCAAAAGAGGCGCCGAUCCAAGAUUGGCUAACAAGGACGGAUUGACCCCUCUGCACAUCAUUUGCCAGUAUUACUAUGGCAUUAGUUUGGCGGCAACAAUAUUGGAGAUCGGCGCAGAGGAACAUCGGCUAGUUCAUGCCCCGGACAGUUGGGGUAACACACCACUUCACUAUGCUCUGCGGGGCCGCAACAUGGAUAUGUUUGGAUAUCUGUUAAGUAGAGGUGCGAAUCCUAAUUUAGGCAAUGUCAAUGCCCGAGACGAAUUGGGUAACACCCCGCUACACUAUGCUCUGCGCAGCAGAUACAAGAAGAUGACCGAAUUAUUGCUGCGAAGAGGCGCAAAUCCAAAUGUAGCCAACGAGAAGGGAUCGACUCCUUUGCACUUCAUUUGUACGAGAGACGAGCUCCGCGAUGAUGAAUUGAUAAAAUUAUUUUUUAAGAUCAACGAAGAACUCAAUCAGCUGGUUCAGGUAGAUGCUCCGGACAAUUCAGGCCGGACACCUCUUCAAUGGGCUGUAGCAAAUAUUAUGCCACACCUGGUCGAUGUACUAUUGGAUAAUGGUGCUGAUCUAUCCGAAUUCGUAUUUCCAACGGCGAGUGACUUUGAAGAGGGAUUUCGAAGGUGGAAUGAUCAUAUGUGGUUCAAUUUUAAAUUGGAUGCAGCAUCUGGUGCCAUGGUCGUUAUCGAGUGCCUAGAAAAUAGAGGAUACGAACUAAAUGAAAGCGACGCCUUAGCGGUCAUGACGUUUUUCGCGAGUAACGGCUUGUUCGAGAAUUCGCAAGAAUUCGAAGAAGGUUGGUAUGAUGAUGUGGAGUUCGCGAGCAAAGCAAUAGAAAUAAUGAUGAAUCCUGAUCUGUCGCUCGACGAACUGAUCCGGUUACGACCCGAAGAAGCCGCAAAACAACUCACAUAUACCGACUACUAUGAGUUAUCGUGCCCGGAAAAAUUGUAUAUGCUCUCCGAAGAUGAAAAUUGGGCUUGUGUUUCGCAUCUGUGCGAGAAACGGAUGCCGAUUCUUUGCUGUGAAUUAAUCCUCGAGCAGCUAAAGAACGAAGAUUUGUACAAUAUUUGCUUAGCGUUUACAGGCCAAAGUCAUGAUGUCGAUUAG